AUGAGACCAGAUAACAGACAAACGUCAGGAUUUAGCUCAAUAGGUCCAACGUUGUUUAACGUAUAUGGCCGCACUUCUGGAAUACAGAACGUUGGAGGCCUUAAUAUGAUGACAAACACAAUGCAGUCGUCAGGAAUCGUGUGGAACGAGGCAAAUCUCAUGAGAUACAUGAAGAAUCCAACCAUGUUUGUUGAUGCUAAAAUCGGAAUGAACUUCUCUGGACUCCCUAAAUUCCAAGACCGAGUUGACAUUGUGCACUUCCUGCGCGACCUCAACUACGAAGGCAAGUACGGAAAGGAGAUCCUGAAAGAGUGUCAAAGCCAACCAUAG